AAGUGGAGGAUUCAUCAGAAGACCAGCAAGGAGGCUAAUGAUUAUCUUGGAGAAGCCAAAGAGAUCCGCGGCUCAGAGCAGGUACGCAUCCCAACAUAGAAGCGUCCAGGGGUACAUGGAGAUAGAGAGGAAUUUCCAACAGGGAGGAGAAGAAUGGGAAACAAGGGAAACCAUAUAAGCAAGUGAAGAUGAGUAAACUGACAGCUGUUCAACACUGACAAGGACGUACGUCUGUCUGCUGGUUCCCCUUUUUCCACAUUAACUUGGGUCAAAUGGAAGAGACAACUACUUUUAUAAUUCCAGACACAUCUAUUGUGUCAACUUCUAUAGAUGCUGAUUAUGAUCCUGGGUCGACUGAAGACACAGGGAUGUGUGAAAGGAACUGGGUGAGGGACUUUCGCGGCCAGUACGAGCCACCUCUCUUCUGGAUCAUCUUCAUCCUUGGGGCUGUGGGUAACCUGCUGGUGGUUUGGAUUUACCUCACCGUGCGCAACCGCCUCAAAACAAUGACCGACGUCUACCUGCUGAACCUGGCCGUGGCGGACCUCCUCUUCCUGUGCACGCUGCCCUUCUGGGCGGUCGACGCCGUCAACGGCUGGGACUUUGGGAGCAGCUUUUGCAAAAUAGUGUCCGCCGUCUACAAGGUCAACUUCUUCAGCAGCAUGCUCCUCCUCACCUGCAUUAGCGUGGACCGCUACAUCGCCAUCGUGCAAGUGACCAAAGCUCAGAACUUCAAGAAGAAGAGACUGUUUUACAGCAAACUUGCUUGCCUCUGUGUCUGGUUCGUCUCCACCCUCCUGGCCCUACCUGAGUUUAUCUUUGCUGAGGUGAAGCUGGAAGGCGAAGAGGGAAAUUCCUUUUGCACCAUGGUCUACUGGAACAACGCGUUCAACCGGACGAAGAUCCUGGUGCUGUCCUUGCAAAUUUGCGUGGGCUUCUGCCUUCCUCUGCUGGUCAUGGUCUUCUGCUACUCGGUGAUCAUCCACACGCUCCUGCGGGCCAAAAGCUUUGAAAAGCACAAGGCCCUGCGCGUCAUCUUCGCCGUGGUGUUUGUGUUCGUUCUCUCCCAGCUCCCUCACAACACUCUCCUGAUUGUGGAAGCCACGCAGGCGGCCAAUACCACCAUCACGGACUGCACCACCGUGAUUCACGUUGACGUAGCUGGACAGGUCGCCAAGAGUCUGGCCUUCACCCACGCCUGCCUCAACCCCUUCCUGUACGUCUUCAUCGGAGUUCGGUUCAGGGAAGACCUCACGAGGAUAGUGAAGUCGUGCGCUAGUGGCGCGGGCAAAGGAGGGUUCAGUAAAACGCAGGCCGUUCCCAAACGUCCAUCUGUCAUGUCAGACACUGAAACCACCCCCGCCCUAUCCAUAUAGAUAUUUCCAAAAUACUACACCUGAGACCUGAGCCUAGUAAUCAUAUUUCAAAUUGGAUUCCUGAUGCAUUAAUUACCACAAACAGAUGAACCAUAACAUUUGCUACUCUGGAAAACCACCAAUCUUUACUCAUAUUCUGACAGUUACUGACAUAUUUGUUCACUGGAAUACCUGUACAAACUCUAUUGAUAUGUAAAUAUUGUGUGUGUUUUUUGUUUACUUUCCAUCACGUAUGUGUUGUGUGCAUCUCUGUUGUGAUUGAAAAUGAACUGUAUUUGUAACUUUUAAAUGUAACAUCAACCAUUAAAGAUUUAAAGAAAUUAAGAAAA